CAUUGCAGCUAAAACCAUAGAAAAACCCCUUCUUUGCACUUGCCCUUCCGUCCUUUGCCGCCUUGCCGCCUCUGCUCUGUUUCUCCGAAUCGGCCACCACUGAGACUCUGCAGAACCCCCGACUUCUCUGCCCUCCGUCUCCUUUCUCGCCGUUCUCUGGGGGUGUGAAGCAGAUUCCGAGCCUCUUCCUUUGCCUUUCUUCUCUCAUCGCGGCGACCUCCGGUGGCACGGUGGCUUCUUCCUCUGCCCCUGCCCCGCUUGAGUAACCGUUUUCCCUUCAGGGUGUCGGAAAUUCGUAGCUUUUCCUCGGCCCUGUUAGUCAGCGAGGUUUCGGAGUUCGAUCAGCCUUCCCUACGUUGAAAUAUAUAUUUCUUGCAGCUAUAUACUUAGUCGUUAGACCUUUUUUUGUUUAAUAUAAUCUAUACAGGUUUUUGUUGUAUACAUCCAAACUGGAAGUUGCAGGUUUGAAAUGGCAAUUGACGGGAGUUUCAGUGUCGAAUUCGCACUUAGGAGGUUCCUCGCUCACUGCCCUGAGCUCGUAAACCACCCGCAGAUUGAUUUGCUCUCGAAAAAGGGAGCGCUUUUGACCGAAGAUGAUGUGGUCAAUGCUGCACCGCAGAUAUUUUUGCACCCAAAGUACACGGUCCCGCUAGUCGGGUGCUUCCGUCCUCUUGCAAGGAGAAUUGUGGAUCAAGUGGUUUCUCUGCUCCACCUUGUUCCUAAUUUAAGGUCAAACACGAGUGGUACCGCCAAUGGAAAUGGGAACAUUUUGACGGAAUCAGAAAUCCUCUGUGGUAAUGUGAUCGAGCAGUGUGUUAGAAAUGGGAUGGGUUUGAAGCUUCACGAGUUUGCUUGCCUGGCCUUCUGUUGCGCCCUUGAUUUGGCCCCCUUUUUGACCGGGCCUAUAUUGGAUUAUUUUAAGUUCGCACCACCUCCUUUUGAACGCGUUGUGUCAAAAGAUUUUGACUUGUCUGUCAAGGUUGAUGGACAUUUAUUGGAUGUUGUCCGGACAUCUUAUUGCUUCUUGGUUGUCUCCCCGGAGAUGUUCUCUAAACUCUGGGAUUGGUCCUGUUUCCUAGACCUAGCAAAUCAGUUGAGGGAUUUCUUGAGCAGCACUGAACAAAGAAAUGGCACCGCAGACAUCAGAUGGUGUACAGCACAGAUUCUAGCAAUUAUCUUCAAUUUGGGAAACACAUCAGCAGCACUCGACAUCGUACCAGAUGAAGCAUUUGAAUGUUUACUGCGAUGGGAGGAGUUCUCUAGGGAUAUCAGCUUGGAGAAGGCUACAUUGUAUAUUGAGUCAUGUGAACAGAUCAACUCAGAUACAAACACUGAUUUUAAUCGAGAUAACUUGCUUGGUUCUCUGGCUGUAAAUUCAAUGGCCUUCUCACUGUCGACAGAUAGAGAGGAGUCGAGGAGUCAAAAGCUGGCACAACGGGAUGAGAAGGCAUUCAGUAAUCCAUUUGUACUGACAUCAUCAUUAAGGAGAAGCUUUGAGAUGGUUCUACUGGCUGUUUACCAGAAGUGGCCGGUGUUACUUCACGGUCCACCAGGAGUGGGCAAAUCUGCUCUUAUUCACAAGUUGGCUCAAGAUAGCGGGAAUUAUGUACUGUAUAUUCACAUGGAUGACCAAAUUGAUGGCAAAACAUUGCUGGGGAGUUACGCCUGUACCGAAAAACCAGGGGAAUUCAGAUGGCAACCUGGGUCACUUACUCAGGCUGUUCAAGGUGGAUUUUGGGUUGUCUUUGAGGAUAUUGACAAAGCUCCAUCUGAUGUUCAUUCCAUCUUAUUACCUUUACUGGAAGGUGCAAGAUUUUUCAUGACUGGUCAUGGGGAGAAAAUAAAGGUUGCUGACAGCUUUCGAUUAUUUGGAACUAUUUCGGCGUCAAGGCAUAAUACAUCUUCUGGUUCUAGUUGGCCUGGGAAUCUGUGGAGGAAAGUCAUGAUCAGGCAGGCAAGUCAUGAGGACUUGAAAUGCAUAUUGAAGAUUUGCUUUCCAAGUUUGGAGCCUCUCUCUGAAAAGUUAAUAGAAACCUUCAAAAAGGUCAAUGAUGGAGUGGAGCAUAAACUCACGGGAUGGAAUUCUACUUCUGGCAGAUUUUCUUUAAGGGACCUCCUAAAAUGGUGCAAGAGGAUAGUAGGAUCAGGCAAUUGCUUCCUGGGGAGCAGCUUGUCAGUUCACGAGUGCCAAAGAAUAUAUGAAGAGGCUGUCGAUGUAUUUGCAGCCUUCUUAUCUUCAGCAGAAAACAGGAAGGCAAUGAGAAAGGAAAUUGCGAGCAUUUGGGCGGUUCCAGUUUCAGUGGCAGAGGCUUUAUAUCCCGAUCACAAACCUGUAAUUCAGGAUUUACUCUCCGAGUUAAGAGUUGGACGUGUCACUCUCCAAAAAUCUCGAACAGCUUUGUGCAAUGAAAGAAAGCCUUUCGUUGAAAUCCGAAGUUCUUUGCAUGCCAUUGAGAGAACAGCUUGCUCUGUCAAGUACAAUGAGCCUGUACUGUUGGUUGGGGAAACGGGUACAGGAAAGACUACUCUUAUCCAGAAUCUUGCUUCAAGGCUUGGUCAGAAGCUCACUGUUUUGAAUUUGAGUCAACAAAGUGAUGUUGCUGACUUAUUGGGGGGUUUUAAGCCUAUGAGUCCGCACUUUGUGUGCAUACCGCUUUACAAGGAAUUUGUGGAACUGUUUUCAAAGUCAUUUUCUGCAAAGGUAAAUGCCAAUUAUACGGUUUGCCUGCAAGAGCAUUUCAGCAACAAGAACUGGAAAGAUUUGUUGAUAGGGAUGUGGAAGGCUGUUAAGACUGUCCGAGAUUCUAUGAAGGCACGAGUUGUGAACCCUAGUAAAAAGCGGAAGAAACCAUUCAAUGGGGAGGCAUGGGAUAAUUUUUCCAUGAAACUUGAGACAGCAUCUCGGCAGGUAGGAACGUCAUCGGGGAUGGUAUUCUCAUUUGUUGAAGGAGCUUUUGUGUGUGCCUUGAGGAAUGGAGAAUGGAUCCUGCUGGAUGAAGUGAAUCUUGCUCCGGCGGAGACUUUACAGAGAAUAGGUGGGGUGCUUGAAGGAGAAGGAUCUCUCUGUUUAGCUGAGAGAGGGGAUGUUAGAUUUAUUAGGAGGCACCCGAAUUUCCGCAUAUUUGCCUGCAUGAAUCCCGCUACAGAUGCUGGCAAGCGGGACCUACCUCAUUCGAUUCGCAGCAGAUUUACAGAGUUAUUCAUUGAUGACUUGUUAGAUGAUGGUGAUCUGAGCGUCUUUGUUAGUAAAUUCGUGGAAGAGAACCAAUUGAAGGAAGAUAUAGUAAAGCGUAUAGUAAGGUUUUAUAGAGCUGCUAAAAAGGAUUCCGAAGAGAAACUACAGGAUGGGGCCAAUCAGAAGCCACAGUAUAGCUUGAGGUCCCUCUUUCGUGCUCUAGAAUACACAAGGAAGGCAAAAAGAUCCUUCACGUUCGAAAAAGCUCUAUAUGAUGGGUUUUGUAUGUUUUUCCUCACUUUGUUGGACAGACCCAGUGGCAAGAUAAUGGAGCGGAUGAUUUUGUCAUACUUGCUGGGAGGCAAGGUGCCUCCUCAUAGACCAUUUGACUCGUACAUCACCAUAAAUACAAAUUCAAGCCCUGACGAUUUUGUAGAGAAGUAUGUUCGGACUAAGACAGUGAAGGAGCAGAUAACGAACUUGGCUCGAGCAGUUUUUAUACAAAAAUACCCUGUGUUGUUACAGGGGCCCACUUCAAGUGGGAAAACAAGUCUUGUUCGUUAUCUGGCAGCUGUUACCGGACGGGAAUUUGUUCGGAUUAAUAACCACGAACACACUGAUCUGCAGGAAUAUCUGGGUUCUUAUGUAACAGAUUCUACCGGGAAUCUCGUGUUUCACGAAGGUGUACUGGUCAGAGCUGUUCGAAACGGCUUUUGGAUUGUUCUGGACGAGCUCAAUCUUGCCCCAUCUGAUGUUCUUGAAGCAUUAAACCGAUUGCUGGAUGAUAACCGAGAGCUUUUUGUGCCUGAACUGCAAGAAACAGUAAAGGCACAUCCUAAUUUUAUGCUCUUUGCCACUCAGAAUCCGCCCACUGUGUAUGCUGGCCGAAAAAUGCUUUCUCGAGCUUUUCGAAACCGGUUCGUGGAAAUCCAUGUUGAUGAAAUCCCUGAAGAAGAGCUGACAACUAUACUAGAGAACAGGUGCAAAAUAAGUGAAAGCUACGCGAAAAAGAUGGUUGAAGUUAUGAAGGAUUUGCAGCUUCACAGACAGAAUAGCAAUGUGUUUGCUGGUAAACAUGGGUACAUAACCCCUCGUGAUCUGUUUCGCUGGGCCGAUCGUGUACGGGAGUGUGCAAACUCGAGGGGCAAUUCCAUAUCUAAAAAUCAUCGAUAUGAAGAUCUAGCAAAAGAGGGCUACUAUCUUUUAGCUGAAAGAUUGCGGGAGGAGAGUGAAAAGAGUGUGGUCAAGGAAGUUCUUAAGCGACAUUUCCACCUGAUCCUUAAUGAGGAUGACUUGUACAUGCAGGAGAUAUCUCAGGCGGAAACUACUGUCAACCCAGACAACGAUUUCAUGAGCCUCAGGAAUGUUAUAUGGACAAAGAGCAUGUGGAGGAUGUAUAGUCUCGUCAAGCGUUGCUAUGAGCUGCGGGAACCAGUUCUUCUUGUAGGAGAAACUGGCGGUGGAAAGACUACAGUCUGUCAGUGGCUGAGUGUUGUUUUGAAGUCAAAACUACAUAUUUUGAACUGUCACCAGUAUACAGAAACAUCUGACUUUGUGGGGGGUUUCUUUCCCGUCCGGGAGAGAUCAAGGUUGAUUUUGGGGUUUGAGGAUCUACUCAGACAGCUAGUGGUCUCAAAUGCCUUUAUCAACUAUCCCAGGGCUACAGUGAUUUCUUUUGACAUUGGAAAAGCUUCUUCAACUCUGGACCAACUGGCUAAUAUCAUAAAUGAGUAUCGACAAGAUCUGAUCUCUCCUUCUGGAGUCACUUUAGAGGACAUUGAUGCUUUUGAGCGAAUGAAAUCUGAGCUUGCGCAGUUGCAUGAGAAGUGGCAGACUAUAUUUACGUGGCAAGAUGGGCCUCUUGUACAAGCAAUGAAGGGUGGUCAUCUGUUUCUUGUGGAUGAAAUAUCUUUGGCUGAUGAUAGUGUACUUGAGAGAUUGAAUAGUGUCUUAGAGCCCGAAAGAACUCUGUCUUUGCCGGAGAAAGGAGGCUCUGUGAUGGAAAAGAUCACUGCACACAAGGGCUUCUUUGUCCUCGCAACUAUGAAUCCUGGUGGUGAUUAUGGGAAGAAGGAGCUAUCGCCAGCCCUUCGUAAUCGAUUCACUGAGAUAUGGGUACCGUCUGUUACUGAUCUAAAUGACCUAAGGAGUAUUGCUUCACAAAGGAUCUCCAGACCAGAAUUCUCCUGUGUGGUGCAUCCAAUGACAAAGUUUUGGGAGUGGUUUAAUAACUUACAUGUCGGGAGGACUCUCACAUUAAGAGAUCUCCUUUCGUGGAUUUCUUUUGUCAAUGUGACGGGGGAAAGUUUAGGAGUGGAGUAUGCGUUGCUUCACGGGGUUUUCCUUGUUCUGCUUGAUGGGCUUAGUUUAGGGACUGGAAUCCAGAGGAGUGAAGCUGAAGAGCUUAGAAGGAGAUGCGUGCAAUUUCUUUUAGAACAUCUACAGGUAGAUGGCAAUUCUCCCGAGUACUUGACCCUUUCGAAAAUGGAAAAAUAUGGGUGGGGCAAUCAUGGAACAGCAGAAGUUAAAUCCUGCAGUGAAAAUAUGGAGUGUGAUAAUGUGUUUGGUAUUGAUCCAUUUUAUGUUGAAAGAGGAAAUAUUCGUUUUGAAGCGGAGGAGUUUGAGUUAUUAGCUCCAACUACUCGGAGAAACGCCUUGCGGGUGUUGCGAGCUAUGCAGCUCAGAAAGCCUGUUCUAUUGGAAGGCAGUCCUGGUGUCGGGAAAACAAGUUUAGUUGUGGCGCUGGGAAGAUUUUCUGGGCAUGAAGUCAUAAGAAUUAAUCUAUCUGAGCAGACUGAUAUGAUGGAUUUAUUGGGGUCCGACUUACCAGUGGAAAGUGAUGAUGAAGGAAUAAAGUUUGCGUGGUCUGAUGGAAUACUUUUACAGGCAUUGAAAGAAGGCUGUUGGGUGUUGCUAGAUGAGCUUAAUCUUGCUCCACAAUCUGUUCUAGAGGGUCUGAAUGCUAUCUUGGAUCACCGGGCAGAGGUCUAUAUCCCAGAGCUGAACCAGACUUUCAGUUGCCCGCCAUCUUUUCGAGUUUUUGCAUGUCAAAAUCCUUCAAGUCAAGGUGGUGGCAGAAAAGGACUUCCGAAAUCCUUCCUCAACCGUUUUACCAAGGUUUAUGUUGAUGAAUUAGUUGAGGAAGAUCUCCUUUCCAUCUGCACAUCGCUUUUCCCAUCGAUUCCGAGAUCCCUUCUCUCAAAGCUGAUUUUAUUUAACAAACAACUAUUUAAAGAGACGAUGACACUUCAUAAAUUUGCGCAUGAUGGCUCUCCCUGGGAGUUCAAUUUGCGUGACGUGGUUAGGUCGUGUGAGAUCAUCAAAGAUGCCCCUGAAAAGUCAAGAGUCGAUUGCUUUCUCGAUCUUCUGUAUGUCCAGAGAAUGCGCACAGCUUCUGACCGCAAAGAAGUUCUAAGGCUUUUUGAACGAAUUUUUGGGGUAAAGCCAUUCAUAAAUCCUUUUCCCCGGGUGCAAAUCAGCAGUUGUAAAUUAAUUGUAGGGAAUACUGCCAUCAAGAGGAAUAACUCGAAUAUUUCUAAAGUUUCAACUACUGGCCUAAAAAUUUUGCCCAGUAUUCGCCUGAACUUGGAAGCUGCUGCUAAUUGUGUGAAGCGUCAAUGGCUUUGCAUCCUGGUUGGUCAAUCUUCUUCUGGAAAAACUUCGCUUGUGAGGAUGCUUGCUCAGCUCACAGGAAACGUACUACAUGAGUUGAAUCUUUCUUCUGCUACCGAUAUAUCUGAGCUACUAGGAAGUUUUGAGCAAUACAAUGUUUUUCGUGAUUUUCGAUCUGUUAUCUCUAAGAUUGAAAAAUACGUUAAUGACUAUAGCCGAGUGCUAUUAAAACAUUCAGUGGAGGCUUCUAUAAGUGGGCAAAGAAAUCUAAUCUCGCGAUGGCACUCGUUCCUUUCUCGCUUGGAUUUUGGAGACUCUUCAAGGUCUACCUUGGGGCAUCCAGAGGACUUCAGUCUGUUAAUGGACAUUGUGGAGCUACUUAAGCAGGAAACAGAGAGAAAUACUUCACCAGGAUAUUGUUCUACUGAGGAACUAGACAAAAUUAAGGCUAGGAUUUCGAAAUUGCAAGAAGUUUACAAGAGGUCAACUUUUGCCACAAAAUUUGAAUGGGUUACUGGUAUACUGGUAAAGGCUGUUGAGAGUGGAGAAUGGAUUAUCCUAAAGAAUGCAAAUCUCUGCAAUCCUACGGUUCUCGAUAGAAUCAACUCGCUAGUGGAGCCAUCCGGGUCGAUUAUAGUAAACGAGUGUGGUGCAGUUGAUGGGAAGCCUGUCAUUUUCCGUCCUCACAGUAACUUUAGAUUGUUCCUUACUGUUAAUCCGAGCUAUGGAGAAAUCUCCCGAGCUAUGCGGAAUAGGGGAGUGGAAAUAUUUAUGAUGCCACCAUUUUGGCUACUGGAUGGGAGAGGAGUAUCGAUUGCAACAGAACUGGAACUUAAAGACGCGAAGAGGUUUCUGAUUGAGUCGGGAAUACCUAACUCUUAUUUGGUGGAUUCAAUGGCCAAGGCACAUAUCUAUGCUAGGGACAAAGGCUCCUGCUUAAAUGUCCGCAUAACAUAUUUUGAACUUGCCCGUUGGGUUGAGUUAUUUCAGCAGCUUCUGAUAAAUGGGAAUCGGCCUCUGUGGAGCCUUCGUAUCAGCUGGGAGCACACUUACUUGUCCUCUUUAGGGGAGUUGGAAGGAGAAAGUAUUGUAGUUCAUGCAGUUGAUGACUAUUUAUCGAUGGAAGCUUUCUUGGGUUCUGAUUCCUCAGGUGAGCCACUGUGUUUACCUGGAGGAUGGCCAUUUCCCUUGCAACUCAGAGACUUUGUUUGGAACCCUGAUGGAGCUUCUGUCAAGCAGAAUUGUAUGUAUUUGGAGUACCUCGGGGCCAAAUCUACAACUUGUAGAGUAGGUGCAAGUAAACUUUCCAGGGGCCAAGCCUUAAAUGUUAGUAGUGGGUCAUAUGCUUAUUGGAUGGAUGUUAAGAUGCUACACCUAGUAAUGUUCCCUACUGAUUCCAACAGUACGAUUCUUGGUCAUCAUGGUAAAGACAAGGUCCUUGACCUGGCUUUGGUUGAUAAGAUGAUGUUGUUUGCUGCUGAAUGGACGAUUGAGCAGGCAACAAAGAGUGAUCUUAGCCUCUACCUCCUCUGGCUCAGCUGGUUCAGCUCUCAAUUACUGCCUUUCUCUCAUGUUUUAAGUAAUUUUGUCUCUACUUUAAGAAAAGAGCUUAGUCAUCCAAUCUGGAAAUACAUAAUUGAAUAUGCUGGUAAGCUAAAAUCAGUCGGUCAAACUGACACUGAUUUGCAGAGAGUACCUUUGCUUUCUCCCCAACAGGUUGAUCUUGUUAAAUCAUCCAGUAGUAGUACCUCGGACUUGUCCUCUUCCCAUUUUCAAAAUGCAAUUAACUGUAUAGGACUACUGAGGCGUAGUUAUCAGCAGUGGGACACUGAGGAACGGUCCAAUAAGUUCCAGAAUUUUCAGCCUCUGCUGAAGUCUCUUAGAUUUCUGGAGAGGGAAAUACUGGAAAUUCUCCCGAAGUCUCGUUCGUUUGAUGUUCUUGUGAAGCUGUGCGAUCAUCUUGUUGAAGAUCAUAUACAAUUCUGGGAUUGUGUGUCCUCACAAAAUGUAGACCGGCUGCUGUUUUUCUGGCGGUGUUUGCUGAAGGAUGUUGAGAAAUUGCAGGCUCUUUGUCCUCAGGCAGCUGCCACCAUAUCGAUACUUAAGGAGAGCAGAAAUCUGAUUGGAAUUACCUCCUGGAACCUGUACUCGGAAAAGUCUCUACUGUGGAUCCAUGGCGGUCAUCCUUUUUUACCUCCUUCUGCGGAGGUGUACUAUGCACAGAUGAAGUUUUUAAAGCUUUGUGAUUCAAUUUGGCCGUUAAAGACAAACUCAAGUAAUUAUGCAGAUCUUGCUGCAUCAUUUGGUUCUGAUCUUCGAUUCUUGGCAGUGCAAGGUAUAUGCAUUGCUUCGCAUUUAUCUGUCAAAGAUACAGUUCACAUUGUUGAGAGAUUAGAAGAGAUGUAUCAGAUGCUGUUGAACAGGUUUCAACAUGAAAGGCACGAACUGGAAACAAGCUUAGGACCAAAUAAGGUUUCUCGCAUUAAGGCAGUGCCAACAUCUUGUUGCAAUGUCUCUCCUCAGCUGUUUCUGACAGAAACGGGAUAUGAUAGUUGGAUGGGCCUGUUCAGUAUAAAUGAUUGCAGGAGUUUCUUCCAAGAUAUGAAGAUUCUUCAGGAGAUAUCACCGGUUAUCUUGCUUGAUCAAGAAGAGUUGCAGCAUGUGCUUGCCAGUGUAUCUCACCUUCUGUAUUCUGCGUUAAGUUUUUCAUUAAACUACUCUUUGAGACCUCCCCAGAUGUUUUCUGGCCAUCAAAAACUUUUAUGGACUCUAGAUGCAUGGCAUUCUAUUGACGCAGUGAACAUGAAGGUCGCAGCAUUUGCUCUUGAAAUGUGGUUUAGAUGGCAUUCUUCUAUGUGGAGUCUUGCUGUUUCUACGGAGGCUUUGAGACAUGAUGGACAAGACUUCUUAUUACCGGAUGUACUGAUGCGGCCUUUGAGAAUGGCAAUGGCUCAGAACCAGGAUCCUUCAAUUCCAAUAAAGGAUUAUUCUGCAUGCUGCCUGAGGCUCAGAGUUGCAUCAGGAAAUAUUUGGCGAAGUUCCUUGUUAGAGACAGAAGUAUGCAGUUUUCUUCUAUCCACUGCAAGGGCACUUUUACAACAGAUAGUAUGUGCUCACCGGAAGUCUUUCACUGCUGAAAAAUUUCGAGCAAUCAAGUCCAUGUUUGUUUCUUCUCAAGGGAGUAGAAUCAAGCAAGAUGAUAUUCAGAUUCUCAGCUCACUUAUCUUGUCGUCAAGCCAUCAAGGACUUCGAGAUAUUGUGCAAUUAUUAGUCGAGCCAGUCCUUAGGCAUCUUUACAUACACUCCCCUGCUGCUGAAUUUUCCGACUACAAAAUGGGUCUUGCGUGGUUACGAAUUGGGGGAAUGCGAUAUCAUCUAUUACUUAGUACUGAUGAUCUUGAUCCUGCAAUGAAGUACUACUGCAAGCAAACUCUUUUGGCACAGAAAAAGUCUCUGCUUGAACUAGAAAUUAAGGUCCGAGAAGAAUGCGAUUACCUAGCAGGAUGGCUUUCCUCACGAGGGCUUGAUGAAAGAAGGCUUCAGGCAUUAAAUCACCUUGACAAUGAAAGUAGCAAGAUCCGGAGAAAGGUCGUUUUUCGGUCUAAUCCCAUGAAAUUCAAGAAAUUGAGAGGUGAAUUGGCUGAGUUUUAUGAUCGUAUUGUGUCCGUGAUAUCCCUGGUGGUUAAUGUUGAAGGGGCAGACAAACAGGUUGUUAUUCGGCAACUCUGUGACUGGCAGAAAACAUCAAUAUCUUUCAUUCAUCGAUUGUCUGAGGAUUAUCAUGAAUAUGUUGACAUAGUCCAGCCAGUGCAAGUUGCAAUCUAUGAGAUGAAAUUGGGCCUUUCUCUAGUUCAUUCAAGCAUUCUCGAGCGGAACUUUAUGAAUAAAAUUGGUGAAGAAAGUAUUGACAGAGUUACGGCAACUAUUUGUUCAUUUAUGAGAUUCCCAAGGCCCACACUGUCAAGGAUUGCAGUUUUCAGCAAUAGUUUGGAUGAGUCCUAUUCUUGUGAAAUAGAGUUAGAUCCAAAAUUCUCUUCUUCAGACGUGAGAUUGCUGGAGAAGUUGGUUUCAGCUACUACAGUUGCUCAUCCUGAUGAAAUGCAGAAGCAGGAAUCACUCUUGCAACUCAAAGCUUCUCUCCAUCACAAUAUGCUUGUUCAAGCUGCUCAUUCCAUCUAUAAUGAAAAAUUGAUGAGUAACUCAUCUUUCAGAUUUUUGGAGGUAAUGUUCAAUGCAUUUGCCAACCUUUGGAUGGACAUGAAAAUUCAAGCAAAAGAGAAGGAAGAACUUGCUUCUCAACUGUACAGAUUUAGGACUCGGAAGGUCAAGAUUGACACUAUUGUUGAAGUAGAUAUAUCUUCUCUAGCCGAGUCACUUAGAAAUGAAAGUUUCACGGAGUGGCUAGAGUUGGCCGCUGAGGAAGGAACUACCGAAGAGAUUAACGCAGCUGGUGAGAGUGAGAAUUUGGAAGAAGCGUGGACUCUCAUGCAAGAACCCAUCCUUAAUGACAUGGUGAAAAUUCACAUCCAAAUGUUUGGGUCGAGCAAUCUUGUUUGCCUUCCUGGGACAUGUCAGAUUUCUGAUGAGGAAAUAUUGCGAUCCUUCUCUGAGUCUUAUAGAUUGGGUACAAGAAUGAUCGAAGAUUUGAGCAGUCUCAAGUCUGCGAUCCUCGAUGCAAGUCUUGUGCCUGAGCAUUUACUCCAGCUUUGUUUGGAUCACGAGUUUGUUUCAUCUCAUCAUCAAUAUAAGUUCUAUAAGGAUCCCAAUGCGCCUGUAAUGGCAAAAAUUGUUAAAUUCCUUACUGGCAUUGAAGAAAGGGUUAUCUUUCUUUUGAAUGAGAAUGAAGAUCACCCUGGCCUUCAAAAAGUUUUGGAUAUUGUCAAGAUGCUGUUGGCUCUUCCUCUUAAUACCCCUCUAGCUAAGGGGCUUUCUGGAUUGCAGUUUUUGCUAAACAGGGGUUUCAUGGUUAAGGAAAGCUGUCCAAAAUUGUCUUUAACAGAGCAACUGGAUCCUAUUGAGGGCUUGGUCAUAUCAUGGCAAAAGAUGGAGCUUGAGGCUAUGCCACUAUUGCUUGAUGAGCUAGAGGAGCAGUAUGAGAUAAAUGCUGCUAAUCUGUGGUUCCCGUUAUAUUCAGUUCUUUGUAGACAAUCUGCUGAUGCUUCCAGCGAGUCUACGAUACAAAGUUUGCAAGAGUUCAUUCACAUGUCCAAUGUUGGAGAAUUCAGAAAGCGCCUACAGCUAAUUCUUGCUUUCCAUGGUCAGAUCAGCACGGGUCUACAGCUCGGAAUUUAUUCAAGUGCAAGUAAUAAGGAAACAUUGAGGAUUUUGUACAACUUAUUUGGGCUCUGCGUGCAGUUCCUGCCAACAGUAAUGGAAUACAUGGAAACGAAUAGAAAAAGUACAGAGAAGGAAAUUAGGGAACUUCUGAAACUCUGUAAGUGGGAACGCUUGAUGUCAAUGGAGAACUCAAAAAGGAUAAGGCAGAAGCUUAGGAAGCUUAUCCAAAAGUAUAGUGAUGCGCUGGAGCAACCUGUGAAGCUUGUUCUCAACCAAAGAGCUGCACAAACUGGGAUAGAUAUGCAGUUUCUUCAAGCGCCAAGAUUGUUAUAUGUAUUUCCUGAUCAAAAUUUGGACCCACUAAAAGAAUCCAGUAGUAGUAACAGGUCUGUUUGGUAUGACAAUUGGGUGAAGAAACUUAGCAUGUUGCACUCCGAAGUGACUCCUGGAGGUUAUACCCCUAUAUCAUUCUUCAUGGCCGUUGAAGAAGCAAAGAACAUUAUGAGGAAAUUUUCAUCCAAGCAGACGGUAGGCCUUUAUCAAGAAGAAUGGAAGGAUAUUAUGUUCACUCUUGAAGACGUAACCCAGAAGGUAGGGGAUUGUGAUGAGCUCUGGAAAAAUGAAUCCAAGUCUCUUGGGAAGAGGAGGGCGUUGUCUGAUCUUCUGAAGCUGCUGGAGAACUGUGGUUUGGCUCGACACAUGUCGUCAUUGACUGAGGAUCAACAUAUAUCAUACUGGCUGCUUCAGUCUUCUCACAAUCCAGCACAUUUGCUUCUGAAAAAGAUUGAAGCUGCAGAUAUAUCUUCUCGUGAUGAGUCCCAUGGGCUUCCCAAAGAGGCGGAUUCCGAUUGGAGAGCCAUUAAUGAAUUCCACUUCAAGAGCCUCACAGCAAUCCAGCUUCUGCGGCAUGUUUCUAUGAGAUUUCACAAGGAUUUUACUCUUGAGCAGGUUAAUCGAUCAGGCUCUUUCCUCCAUCACCUUGCAGUCAUGCAGCAAGAGCAACUUGAUGCUCUUUACAGUUCAGCUAGCAAUUUAAGAUGCUUGCAAACAUGGAUUACCUCUCUUGAGCAGUCAUAUAUGGACUCCUCUUCUGAGUGCAUUAUUAGUCGAAAUAAGCACACAAUUUUAGAAUGCCUGUGGCGGCAGAAGCAACUAUUUGAUGAACUUUGGAGCAUAUUGCACGACGGGUUGUUAUUGGUCAAGAAGGUGGAAAUUAUUCAUCUUGAUAACUGCAAAAGUGUCCGAGCUGAUGCCCAAGAAAUUUUAGCUUUGUUUGAGAGGUUCAUUCCAGUUGUAGAAAGAUCUAAGGAAACACUGGAUAAGAGUCUUCUCAAGCAUGAUGGAGCCAUAACUGUACUUGACCAAUCCUUCGGUACGACUGUUACGUCAAAGAUUAUGGAAGAACUGGCGCUUCACAAUUUCCAGGUCCUGAAAGAGCUUGAGAAGGAUCUUAUGUCUAUCCGCGGUCAAAAUCUUGACAAAAGUUCAGUCAGCCGCAAGCUGAUGGAUUGUUUGGAUGAUAUACUCCACAGGGGAAAACUGGUUCUAGAGCAAUUCAACUGCAGCUUAGGAGGAACUGCGGAAUCAAACCACACGUAUAGUGAUAGUAACUCCGAGCAGGAAACUAAGGAAGCAUUUAGAGCAGUAUAUGAACAUGUCGCGAGUAUGUUGCAAAGAAUAGCCUUAUUGAGUGACAAGCAGCUUACUAUUGAUGAUUCAAGAGGAAAUAUCCCUUCAUGGAAAGCUGUAUUCGAUUCAUAUGCGGCGGAGCUUCGUGUGGGACCAUUGUGUGACAGUGUUGUCAAAGCAGUCAGAUCAGCUGAAAAGUUGAUUAGUUCAUCUAACAGCAAAGAUGGGGCCUUCUCCUUCUGCAUCGGGUCAAGUUUGAAGACUCUAACAUCAGCUUUGGACUUAAUCUUUGACUUCGGCAACAGUCUGUUGAAAGAUUUUAUGGCCUUACACAGAAUGAUGUGCAUAACAACUCACACUCUAGCAAAGAACCUAGCUCUGUUAUACUCGAGGGGAUAUGGCAGUUCUGCUGAAGAACAGGUGGAAGACAGUGCUCAGGGCAUGUCGCAGAAUGCUGCUGGGACUGGAAUGAGCGAGGGUGCUGGAGUAAAUGAUGUCAGCGAUCAAAUUACUGAUGAGGAUCAGCUUCUUGGUGAUUCUUCAAAGACAGGGGAAGAGAAAGAUGCCCCAGGUGAUGUCCCGAAUAAAAGCGAUAGAGGGAUCGAGAUGGAGCAGGAUUUUGACGCUGAUAUAUGUAGUGUGAGUAAAGACUCCGGCGAAGAUGAUAAUGAGAAUGAAGAAAGUGAUGGUGAGCAGAUUGAGUCUGCAAUGGGAAAAACAGGGGAUGAGAGCGAAAUUGUUGAUGAGAAACUUUGGGAUGAAAAUGAAGACAACGAUGAUAACAAUGUCCCUGAACGCAGAAAUGAGAAGUAUGAAUCCGGGCCUUCUGUUGAAAACAGAGACAAGAACUCUCUUGAGCUUAGAGGCAAGGAAGAGGGAGAGGCUAUGUCAGAUGAACCUCAAAAUGAUGGUAAUGAAGCCGAACAAAAUGAUUUGGGUGGAGAUCAGGAGGACAUGGGAGAUGCUGAGGAUGUGGAUGAUAUGAAAAUGGACAAAGAAGAUGCAUACAUGGAUUCCACUGGAGUUGAGCCCAACGAACUGAACCGGAUUCCUGAAGAGAGAGAUUACGGGGAGGAAGAAGUGGAGGGUACUGAUGCUAUGGACGAAGGCCCUCAAGAAGAAGACAUGAUGGAAGAUGACCUGGAACAGGAUCCCAGUCAUGAUGGUGAAAAAGUCGAUGAGACAGGAACUAAGCAGGUGAGUGAGGCUUCCGAACAGAGCAUGGAGGGUCAGGAAUCCGAGCCCAAAGAGUUGGACUCAACAUUUCCAAAGGAAGAUUUAAUGGGAGCUGGGACUUCAAGUCGUAGUAAUGAUUAUGUAGCCACUUCUGAAUUGGGAACUGGACUGAAGAAUGAUUCUGGGGCAUCAAGUGCUGUUAAUGGUAGGCAGGAAAUGGAUUGGUUGAAGAAAGAGAAUUCCGAGAAUGACCUUGCCCCUAUCAGUGAUUUACCAUCGGGUGCCCAUUCAGAACAACAGGACAUUAUGGUCGCUGGUCAGUCAGAUCUUGGGAAGUUGACUGAGGAUCGACCAAAAUCUGAACCAUCUGUGGGCGAAACCUCGACCCUGCAGAGAAGUCAACCAAAUCCUUAUCGUAACGUCGGGGAUGCUCUAGAGGGAUGGAAAGAAAGGGCUAGAGUUCCUCUUGAUCUUGCCAGGGAUAAAUUUGAGGCAGAGGGUGAUGAGGUUGAGGAUGGCGAUGCUGAAGAAUAUGGAUUUGUUUCCGAGCUUGAGAAGGGCACAGCUCAGGCCCUUGGGCCAGCAAAUUCUGAGCAGAUUGACAGCCAACUUGGCGAUGGUAAGGAUGGUGAAGAGGAUCCCACUGCUACAGAUGCUGACGAUCCAGUGGACAUGGAAAUUCAGAUGCAGUCCUUCGAAACAAAGCCUAAGAUCCAUUCUGCUUCUGUUGAGAAGCAGAAAUUUGAGGAGCCAAUGGUCAUCCCGGACUCACAGGAAUUGCCUGAAGAAGUCACUCUUGAAGCUCGGGAUCAUCACAAUUCUCGGAAGCACUUUGAGAGUAUUGUCCAUGUUGAGAAACCUUCUUCAAGUGAUCUCCUCCGGUUGAGUAAGAUGAAAAUAAGCACUGAUGAAAAGUUGAAAGCAUUAGAUGAUCAGAUCCUGCAGAUUUCUGGUGAUGAAAGAGCCAAUGCUGCCUCUAUGUGGAGAAGAUACGAAAUCCGAACAACAAGACUGUCCCAGGAGCUGGCCGAACAGUUGCGUCUUGUCAUGGAGCCAACCUUAGCAAGUAAACUCCAGGGUGAUUAUAAAACUGGCAAACGUAUAAACAUGAAGAAGGUAAUCCCCUAUAUAGCAAGUCAUUAUCGGAAAGAUAAGAUCUGGCUGCGGAGGACCCGACCAAACAAACGCGAUUACCAAGUUGUGGUAGCUGUUGAUGAUUCAAGUAGCGUGUCUCGGAGUGGUUGUGGAGAAGUUGCUGUCGAGGCCUUGGUCACUGUGUGUCGAGCCCUCUCCCAGCUUGAAAUGGGUAGCUUAGCGGUUGCAAGUUUUGGGACAAUGGGCAACAUGCAGCUGCUUCACGACUUCGAUCAGCCUUUCUCUGCAGAGGCAGGGAUUAAGAUGAUCUCAAAUUUGACAUUUAAGCAAGACAACUUAGUCUUGGACGCACCAGUGCUUGACCUGUUGAACCACUUGAACAGCAUGCUCGAUGUUAACAUCGCAAAAGCCCGGCAGCCUUCGGGACAGAACCCCCUGCAGCAGCUUGUGCUGAUUAUUGCCGAUGGCAAUAUCACUGAGAGAGAUAGCUUGAAGCGCCGUGUUAGGGACUUCCUCAGAAGCAAGCGGAUGGUUGCUUUUCUGAUAUUGGAUAGUAGUUCAGAAGAAUCUAUCUUGGAUCGUAUGGAAGCAUCAGUUGAGAAGGACGGGAGCGUGAAGUUCUCGAGGUACAUGGACUCCUUCCCCUUCCCAUAUUACGCGGUGCUGAGAAACAUCGAAGCGCUCCCAAGGACCCUUGCUGACUUGCUGAGACAGUGGUUCGAGCUUAUGCAGAACUCAAGGGACUAAAGGCACACGAGUUUUUCAGCACGAGAGUCCUCUGUCCCAGCUGGAACCCUAUUUAGCCAAUCAUUGCCCGAUGGAGAUGUAGGUCGGUUGGUCGGUCAGUGGUUCCGUAAAUUUUGUUGGAAGUUGCUUGAAGCCAGUCUCAUGCCAGCAAUUUAUCAUGAUUUCGUUUAUUAUGAGAUUGUUGAAAAGUUGAACUAUACUGUAAUAUAUGUUUUACUUUGUCAAUAUCCUUUAAAUAGUGAUAUAAAUGGAUUACGUUACCCGACGCAUAGGGCGAUUUCUGCCAGUUUACCCUCAA